AUGGCAUCGGAUAAGGUGGUGGAAACUGUAAUAGUUGGGAACUAUGUGGAAAUGGAAACUGAAGGGAAGCCCAAGGACAUAAAAUCCAAGUUAUCAGACUUCUUGUGGAAUGGUGGUUCUGCCUAUGAUGCUUGGUUUAGCUGUGCUUCCAACCAGGUGGCUCAAGUUCUGCUUACGUUGCCAUACUCAUUUUCCCAGCUGGGAAUGCUUUCUGGCAUACUUUUUCAACUCUUCUAUGGUUUACUAGGUAGCUGGACGGCUUACCUCAUUAGCAUACUCUAUGUUGAAUACAGAACCAGAAAAGAGAGAGAAAAAGUUAACUUCAGGAACCAUGUCAUCCAGUGGUUUGAGGUUCUUGAUGGACUCCUCGGGAAGCACUGGAGAAACGUGGGUUUGGCCUUUAACUGCACAUUUCUUCUGUUUGGAUCUGUUAUUCAGCUGAUAGCUUGUGCAAGCAACAUAUAUUACAUAAAUGACAAUCUGGACAAGAGGACUUGGACUUAUAUCUUCGGAGCUUGCUGUGCCACCACUGUCUUUAUUCCUUCCUUUCACAACUACAGAAUCUGGUCCUUUUUGGGCCUCGUCAUGACCACUUACACUGCUUGGUAUCUAACAAUUGCCUCUCUCCUUCACGGCCAGGUGGAGGGAGUUGUGCAUUCGGGUCCGACCAAAUUGGUUCUAUAUUUUACUGGGGCCACAAACAUUCUCUACACGUUCGGGGGACAUGCUGUUACUGUGGAGAUAAUGCACGCGAUGUGGAAACCUCAGAAGUUCAAGGCCAUAUACCUACUGGCUACCCUGUAUGUGCUGACACUGACGCUUCCAUCGGCUGCAGCAGUGUAUUGGGCAUUUGGAGACAUGCUUCUUAAUCACUCCAAUGCUUUUGCUCUUCUCCCAAAAUCACCCUUCCGAGACAUGGCUGUCAUUUUAAUGCUCAUCCACCAGUUUAUAACAUUCGGGUUUGCAAGCACCCCAUUAUACUUUGUGUGGGAGAAAGCAAUAGGGAUGCAUGAGUGCAAGAGCCUGUGUAAGCGUGCAUUAGUGAGAUUGCCAGUGGUGAUACCCAUAUGGUUCUUGGCCAUCGUAUUCCCCUUCUUUGGUCCUAUCAACUCCACCGUUGGAUCUCUCCUUGUAAGCUUCACCGUUUACAUCAUCCCUGCCCUCGCUCACAUCUUCACCUUCAAAUCAUCCUCUGCUCGACAGAAUGCGGUGGAACAACCUCCCAAGUUUGUUGGAAGAUGGGUGGGAACCUAUGUGAUCAACGUAUUUGUUGUUGUGUGGGUCCUAAUCGUUGGGUUUGGAUUUGGUGGUUGGGCCAGCAUGGUCAACUUCAUACGUCAGAUUGACACAUUUGGACUCUUCACAAAGUGUUUCCAAUGCCCCCCACCUACCCUGCCAUCUAUGCCGCCGCCACCACAGCUGAACGCCACCGCGCCCUCCCCUCUUCACCACUCCCCUCAUGGCCAUUAA